AUGACAGAGCUAUUCCACCUAAAGACUUUUUUAAAUGAUGUUCAUUUUCUAAUUCCGGUGGAUAUUGCAACUGUUCACGCCGGUCGAAUGUUGGGGGGUUCGGGAUCCCACAAUUCGAACGUUUACAACCGAGGAUCCCCUCUGGAUUUCGAUUAUUGGGCAAAACUCCUCGAUGACGAGACCUGGGAUUAUAAACACAUGCUGAAACAUUUCAAAGAUUCCGAGAAUUUUGUGGGGCGGCUGGUCAAUGAGAAUCAGCGUUAUCAAUACUACGGAAAAUUUGGCCCCUUACGCGUGGACGUGGACAUUCCCGACUUUUUGCACAAGUGGACCAUGGCUGCAAGUGAACUAGGAUACAACUUCAGCGAUCCAAAUGCACAUCAAACACCUUCAUUUACGGCUCAAUCCAUUUCCAUUCGGAACGGGAUCCGAGAAAGCACGUACGAUGCCUUCGUCAAAAAGAAGACCAUGUGGCACCCCACAAUUCACAGAUAUUCGCAAGCAGACAGGAUUUUGAUUGGCGGCAACAACACCGCUUACGGGGUUGCUUACAGUCGUCACGGAAUCCCACAUAUAGCUCACGCCAAGAGGGAAGUCAUCGUCUCCGCGGGGGCGUUCGGGUCUCCAUCCUGCUCACCAAAUCUGGGAUCGGGCCACAGGAGGUUCUUCAGGCUGACCAAACGCGACAAAACUUGUUUGACCCUUCACGACUAG